ACAGUGGAGUGGUGUAAAUGACCACUUGUGGGUUUCUGUGGGUCCUGACAGUGGCGUGGCUGGAUGAGCUGCGCCCUCGCUGAAAAGCCACUUCCUAAAGGACAGAAAGUUGUUGCGCUCCUGGAAAGUUGCAGGCUGGACCUGUCUGCUGUGGAACUCCACUCUGGAAUGCAGCGGGAGGAAUAGGGAGUCUGCUCCAUAACCUAAAGAAGGGAGAGGCUCGCACUUCUUACAUUUUUUUUAUAUAUUUGCUGCUUCAAAGUGACAGCUGUGGGUGUUUUUCUUUUCAUUAGGAGUAUGGUUACACGGCUGCGCGUCCAGGAAAGUUUUUUCAAAGUCAACUCCAGAAACCUGUGAGGAUUACUGAAGUCUGAGAUCUUCACUGCGACUCCAUCUGCAGCAUGGUCUGCAGUAAGGUGCUGUGGGGGGUGGUGGGGGCGGCUGUCGUCAUCGUGCUAAUAACGAUCCCUGCAGUUUAUUACAGCAAACGUGAAGGACCCAAAAGGCCAUACACACUGGACGACUACUUCAAUGACACCAUCAGGUGGAGAGCCUACAAUUUAUACUGGAUAUCAGAUAAAGAGUUUCUGCACAAGACGAGAGAUGGAAACAUCUUUCUCCACAACGCUGAAACGCAAGAGGAAUCACUUUAUUUGAGCAACUCCACUUUUGCUCAGGUGGAUGCCUCAGAUUACUUGCUGUCUGGUGAUUAUAAAUACAUUGCUUUCGAAAGCAACUACACAGAGAACUGGAGACAUUCGUUCACAGCGUCAUAUUCCAUCUACGACAGAGAAACUUCGACGUUUGUCACAGGAGUGAAUCUUCCUACUGUUGUGCAGUACUUUUCCUGGGCUCCAAAAGGAAACAAAUUUGCUUACGUCUCGGACUACAAUGUGUUUUUCAAACCAGAGGUCUCUGCUGAAACUGUACAAGUGACUAACAAUGGGAAAAAGAAUGAGAUCCUUAACGGCAUUCCCGACUGGGUCUAUGAAGAGGAGGUGUUUGCCUCAAACGGAGCAAUCUGGUGGUCGACCAGUGGAAAAUACUUGGCCUAUUUAGAGUUAAACGACACAGACGUUCAGAAGGUGGAGUUCUCCUGGUACGGAACGGAUCAAUAUCCUCAAACUAUCACUUUCCCAUAUCCAAAGGCGGGAUCGAACCUCACCAAGGCGAAACUCUUUGUUGUUGACACCACCAAUCCGUCCCAGCGCACACAGGUGUUUGCCCCUGAGUCCAUUUCUUCUGGUGAUCACAUUUUGUGCUCAGUGACCUGGGUUACAGAUGAACGCGUGGCUGUGCAGUGGCUCACCAGAAAGCAGAACUACCUUGUGGUUCAGAUCUACGACUCUGACGGAAGCCGCUGGAAGGAAGUGCAGGCGUUUGAACAAGCCAGCAGUACCGGCUGGAUCGGUCACUACGUGCCCUUACCUCUCUUCUUUGCUGAAGACAACCUCAGCUUCUACAAAGUGAUGAGUGACUCUCGUGGAUAUAAGCACAUCCAUUAUGUCAAAAAUGGCAAAGCACUUCCUGUUACCUCUGGGAAGUGGGAAGUCAUCUAUAUUUCCAAAUUAACGAAAGACGCCAUAUAUUUUGUGAGUAAUGAGCAUCAAGCCAGUCCUGUGAAGAGAAACCUUUACAGGAUAACGAUCGGAAGCAGCUACUCCAACAUGCAGUGCCUGACCUGUGACCUGUACGACGACAGGUGUCAGUACAACUCUGCCUACUUCAGCUUCAACGCCUCCUUCUACCGGAUGGACUGCUACGGUCCUGGACUUCCCGUGUACUCACUCAUGGACAAUCGAGGCCCGAGUGUGACGCAAAUAACGAUCCUCGAGGACAACAAGGAGCUGGAAAACAUUUUGUCUGAAUUUCAAAUGCCAAAGAUUCACCACGGCACACUGCAGGUCGCAGGGUUUGAUCUGUGGUACCAGAUGAUGUUGCCACCCAAUUUCAAGAAAUCUAAAAAAUAUCCUCUUCUCAUCGACGUGUACGGCGGCCCCUGCAGUCAGAGGGUGAGCUACAAGUUCAAGCUGAACUGGGCCACACACCUGUCCAGCACGUAUGACAUCAUCGUUGCCAGCUUUGACGGCCGGGGAAGCGGUUACCAGGGUGAUGAAAUCAUGCACGCAAUCUACAAGCGCCUGGGGACGUUUGAAGUGGAAGAUCAGAUAACCGCUGUCAGGAAGUUUAUUGACAUGGGUUUUAUCGACAAAGAGAGAAUCGCAAUAUGGGGCUGGUCUUACGGUGGCUAUGUUUCCUCCAUGGCUUUGGGAGCGGGAACUGGACUCUUCAAAUGUGGAAUUGCUGUUGCACCGGUAGCAAAAUGGGAAUAUUAUGACGCAGUUUACACUGAACGCUACAUGGGAACUCCUGCAGAGAAUUCAGACGGUUACAUGAAUUCAACAGUGACGGCCAGGGCAGAUAAUUUUAAGAGCGUAGACUACCUCCUGGUUCACGGCACAGCAGAUGAUAACGUCCAUUUCCAGCAGGCAGCCCAGAUCUCCAAAGCCUUAGUGAACGCAGGGGUGGACUUUGAGACCAUGUGGUACACCGACAGGAACCAUGCUCUGAGUGGAUCGGCCUACCGCCAUAUAUACACGCUCAUGAGUCACUUCCUGCAGAAAUGCCUGGUUAAUCCCAAGUAGAUGUGAAGAAUGUGAGAGCCUUUGGAUUUAAAAAAAUAAAAUAAAAAUCAUUACAGCGUUCUUGUUGUUUUUGGAUUCACCUGAUAAAAAUAUCAGGUUGGACAUUUUGUAGAUUUUCUUUCUUGUUUCCAUGUGCAAUGAGAAUUGCAUUGGUUUUAUAAAUGAUCAUUGUAUG